GUAAGCGGCAUAAGUUUCGUUAAAAUGUCCUUCAAAUUAAUAGCGUUUUAGUAGUGCGCGUAAAAAUUAUUCAGCGAGGUUAAUAUGGAUCAAACAGUCUUAGAUUUUACUGAAAACGAUAUUUUUGAACAUUGGAAUACAUCCGUGAGUUCAUCAACGGAUUCCAUAAUGCGUUCGUCGCCGAAGAAACGUCAUCACCGAUCGAAGAAAAAGAAUAUGAAUGACGAACCUCCAGCUAAGAAGUCGGCUCCAUCGAUCCAGCUGGAUGCUGGUUUCAAAUGGAAUUUACAGGCUUUGGCCAAGGCCGCGGAAUCCGUGGAAACAGGAGGCAAGUCGCCCGUGUCAGCUCUCAACGAGCUUGGAGUGAGGGUCUCGUACUGCGUGCUGAGACAGGGGGGCCCAGCGCACUGCCCGAGCUUCACUGUUGCUGUCACCGUAGCGGAUAUGACAUUUGAGGGUUGGGGUCACAGCAAGAGGGAUGCUCGAGCGUCAGCGGCGAGGACUUGUUUAAGCGCCCUGCUGGCGAGAGCUGGGAGGGUACUCCCUAAUCCCGGUCCGCAGCCCGAUUUCACUAGCGACGAACCACCGAAGUACCCGGUAUCGGAGUUUCAAUGCAUUGAAGCGAAAAUACAGCCGCCCGAUGGUACCGGAGAUAAUAAGGCAACCCCACCGCCAGGUCUCUUCGGUCCGGCCCUGUCCCCAGUACUCAAGAGCCCCAUAAAUAUGUUGUACGAGACCUACCCCGGUAUCACCUUCCACUGCUCCUUCGGCGAUGGGUCUCCCCUGGAUAUGACGCAAGCACCCAUCACACUCAGCCAUAGCAUGCGGUUCAAGGUAGUCUGUCAGAUAAAAGACCAGAAGUUCGAAGGUUACGGGUCAAGCAAGAAGCUAGCUAAGUUGGCGGCCGCCAGGGCAGCCCUGGGCGAGAUGAACGAGAAGAAUAUGUCGCAGACCAUGCCCGUGUCCUCGGACGGUCUUCCGCAACUGCUGGCUGAUCACAUCGCAAAAUUAGUUAAUGAGAAAUUCAACGAGAUGAUGCGAGGCGACCUCGUGCAUUCCAAGAGGAAGGUGCUCGCCGGCAUCGUCAUGACCAUCGACAAUAAAGUAGAAGGAUCUAAGGUGAUAGCGGUGACCACCGGCACGAAGUGUGUCUCCGGAGAGCACAUGUCGGUCCGUGGUCGCGUCGUCAACGACUGCCACGCUGAGGUCGCAGCAAGAAGGUGUCUACAGAGGCAUCUGUACGCGCAGUUGCUGAUGUACGCCAACUCGUCAACUCCUACGGUGACAAUACCCGAGUCGGAUAUCGAGCCGGUCCCGGGCGGCGGCUACCAGCUGAAGCCGGACCGGCAGCUGCACCUGUACGUGAGCACCGCGCCCUGCGGAGACGGACGCAUCUUCAGCCCGCACGAGCACCACGAACCGGAGCCCGAUCGGCAUCCCAACCGAUUAGCUCGCGGUCAGCUGAGGACGAAGAUCGAGUCGGGUGAAGGAACUAUACCGGUUAAGAAUUGUAUCAACGUCAUACAAACGUGGGACGGCGUGCUGCAGGGCGAGCGGCUGCUGACCAUGUCGUGCUCGGACAAGGUGGCGCGCUGGUGCGUGGCGGGCGUGCAGGGCGCGCUGCUGGCGCGGCUGCUGCGCCCCGUGUACCUGCGCGCGCUCGUGCUGGGCUCGCUGCUGCACCGCCACCACAUGUACCGGGCAAUUUGCGGACGCAUUGAAUCAUCCAUAUCAGCGUUGCCACCACCGUACCGCCUCCACCGUCCGCUGCUGGCGCGCGCUGCCAGCACGGAGGCCCGAACGCCGGCCAGAGCGCCAUCCUUCAGCGUUUGCUGGUCCAUUACGUCACCCUAUCCGGAGAUCAUAAACGCGACAACUGGUAAGCUCGAGAACGGCCACCCGUCACUGCUCUGUAAGCAGAGUAUGUUCGCUCGCUGGCAGUACCUCGUGAGACGAUUGCCGCUUUUACCUCAGGACCCAGCCGGUCCGUAUCUGCCGCCGUUACCACAAGACAUGGACCAUCUCUUGUACGAUGAAGCUAAGAAUCUCUGCACCACAUACCAGGUGGCUAAACAAUGUCUGACAGAUGCAUUCGAGCAAGCCCAGCUAGGUAGGUGGAUUAAAAAACCGAUCGAGCAGGAUCAAUUCCAUUGCGAAAUACUUGGAGCGGACCCCGCCUUACUGUUCGCCUAGGCGGGUGGCACUCAGGGCUGUAACACUGUGCAGACAGAUGCGGGAUCUGCUAAAUACGUCAAAAAUAUAGCUCUUGAGAAUCAAUUUAGUGUAACAAACGAUAAUGAUAGAAUUGAUACGGAUAAAGCGGGAUUUAGUAACGAUGCUGAAAAUAAAGAUGUAAGUGUUGAUGUAGUGUCGAAAAGAGAUAUAGAUAUUGAAGUUAGUACGCGUGAUAGAGAUGGAGAUAAGAUUCUGAGGAAGAGCAAAGAAUUAGAUAUUAUAGAUAAUAAAGUAAAUGUAAUGUUUGAUCGAUAUUCACUUGUUAAUGAUAAAAGUAUUUCUGGACGAGAUGAAAAAUUAGAAGCAAAAGAUGCAAGCUUUUAUGGAAAUGUUAUAAGGAAAAGCAAUAACACAAUUUUAGAGUCUGACAGUAAAUAUAAUGAAAUACAUUCUAAUAUUUUGAAUAAUAAAAGUAAAGCAGCUUUUGAAUCUCAUCUUGAUAUUGGUUUAACCAAUGAUAGUGAUAAUUUACUUGUAGAUUUUGGUAAUUUGAACACUGGAAUAAGUAGAUUAAAUAUCAAUCCUAACGCACACAGUAUAAGUAAUUCAAUUAAGAUAAUUCAAAGAAAUAAAACUACUUUAAAAUCGUCAACUUUACUUAAUAACAAUAAAAGUUUUAAUAAAAAUAAUGCUUUUAAUGCAAUAAAUCUUAAAACAUUAAAUAUUUCACACGAUAUAUCUCAAGAUAAAGAAAAUUUUAGAUCACGUGAUAUUAUUAACUUGAAAGAAGUAAAUAAUAUAUCAAGCGUCAAUAAUAAUAAGGUUAAAGUAAUGCGCAGACCUAAACGCGUCGCGGAAAACGAUUAUAUACGUUACAAUGAACUUAGUAAUAUAAAUAAUGUUGUAGAAAGCAUUGCUUAUAUUAAUAAUAAUGAUACUGAAAAUAAAACAUUUUGUCUAUCGAAUGUAGUAAGGAAAUUGAGCUCUCAUAGAAUAUCUGAUAACGUAAUACAUCCCAUAUUUAACGAAAACCCACGAAAGACUAUUGAUUUUAAAGGCGGUGGAGUUAUAACGAAUAAUGAAAGGGACUUUGAAGAAAAUAGGAAUACAGAUAUAUAUACGCUAGAAAUUUGUACUAGAAUUAAUGUUAGUUAUUUUAGAGCAAAACGUGAUGCUUCUAAUGCUAAUAAAAGCACUAAAGUUUUUGCACGUAGAAGUUCACUUUUGCAAAGAAAAUUGGUGAUAUAUAAUGGGAUUAAUUCAAAAUGAAGGG